GAACCGACGUGAUAUCACCCAGAGAGAGCAGUAGUGGCCUUGUUGUGAGAGGGAACAGCACGACGCACAUAGACAUCGAGAGAGAGAGAAAGCGCGCUUGGUGCGUCUUCUGUUGAUGCGGGGAGUAUUGGUGUUGAAGUUCUCUUGAACACAACAGCACUGCUGCGGCACGUCUCGGAGAGAGAGGGAAUACGGAAUACAUACAAGCGACCAUUGCACGCUUUUCGCGCAGAGGAUAGGGGAAUAGGGGGCUUUGCUGACCAUGGAAAACCCGAUGGCACCUGCAGCUGAAGAGGACGAGAUGGCGGAGAUGCUCAAAAGCGUUAAGAGAGACGGGACUGAACUUUCUCUCGCCUACCGCCCGUUUGGCAGCGUUCCAGAAUCGCUGGCUCUUGCGGAAGGGCGAUACGUGACCUCCCUCAAUCUCACAGAGUGCGACCUCAAAUCUUUCUCCAACCUGGUCUGCUUCCCUUCCCUACAAACCCUGGUGUUGGAUAAGAACGACCUUGAGGACAUCAAGGCCUGCCCAACCAUCCCGACGCUAACCACAUUGUGGUUCAACAACAACAGGGUGGCUGACCUCCCCGCUUUUCUUGACCAAGUACUGGAGAGGUUCCCGCUUAUCUCGGACCUGAGCAUGAUGCGUAACCCCGCAUGUCCCGGGCUCAUGGACAUCAAAAGGCCGGAUAUGGAGGCGUGCAGGAUGUACAGGACGUACGUGGUGUUCCGAGCGCCGCAGCUCGUCACCGUGGACGGCGUUGACGUCACGGAAGGGGAGCGCAGGGAUGCCGCUUUGAGGGGACAGUUCACCGUCAAGCGGCGGCCGCAGGAGGCGGCGGCGGGAGGUGCUCACCCGAUGCUGGCAGAGCCCGGUGGCAAGAGCAGCGGCGGGAUAUUCGACCGAAAGCCCAAGGCGGUGUUGGACCCGCUGGCCGUUCGCCCGCUCGUGAACGUCGCCUCGUUGCCGAGCCGGAAGCCUGUCGGGGUGUACGGCAGGGAACGCCGAUACGACGGCGCGCACAGCGAGGGCAACCGCUUCAUCGUGGACGACCACUUGUGAUGCAUGGCCAUGUUUUUGGCGUAGCUGGCUCUAUUGUUGUCCUGGGAA